UGCUUCGAACCUCCUAGGUGACCGCUGACCUCUGAUGUUCUUCCCAGAUGCACUUGGGUUAUCACGAGCUUCGCAAGAUGCUGCAAACGUUCAAGGAGGAACGCGAGAAGCGCAAGGUGAGCGCACCGCCAGCAGCAACGCCCGGGGGCGGGCCUCCGCGAGGAGGCGACCGGGACUACCGCCGGGACGAGUAUCGUGACCGGGAUCGCGGCUACGACCGUCAUUCAUCUCGGUAUGACAGUGAUAGGCGACGCGAUCGCGAGCGGUCCAGGAGUCCGCGGAGGCGGUACUAAGAUAUGCAGCAGCAGGCAGCUGUACAUAUGGUUUCUCUGUGCCUUGUAGCUAUAAUAUUCGUCGUAGUGUAUAAUGUUCAAUCGUCCCGCGUCAGCAGACGGAGGCUGGGCAGGGUUUACCUGAACCUAAGCGUAAGGAGUGAUAGGGUUCCGAGCGAAGGUGCUCCGCCGUGCUCUAAAAGGACUUGUAGGCCGGCGACUGGGCGGAGGACCGUCCUAAUCGGGGAUGAUGGUCGGUGGGAAGCAUCGAUCGGACCGGUUACGGUGGAGGCCGCCUGCGGGCUUCAUGUGUGCUGCGCUUCACGCGCGUGGCCGAGACGGAGGAGAUGCGCUGGGUUUGAAUCGCGUUGGGAGUGAGGCGGUAACGUUGCGUUCUGCGUUUGAAUGAAAAUGGAAGGCG